CAACAACUGAAAGACCACAGCCAACAACUGAAAGACCACAAUCAACAACUGAAAGACCACUACCAACAACUGAAAGACCACAGCCAACAACUGAAAGACCACAAUCAACAACUGAAAGACCACUACCAAGUACUGAAAGACCACAAUCAACAACUGAGGGACCAAAACCAACAACCAAAGAACCCCAACCAACUACUACAGCCCCUGAAACUACACCCCAACCUUCUUCUCCCACUACAACUACAUCUACAACAACACCACCACCAACAACACCACCACCAACAACACCACCACCAACAACACCACCACCACCAACAACACCACCACCAACAACACCACCACCAACAACACCACCACCACCAACAACACCACCACCAACAACACCACCACCAACAACACCACCACCAACAACACCACCACCAACAACAACUACUACUACUACAACUCAGUCCCCAUCAACUAGACCACCUUGCCCGGAAUGGACGUUCACCGUGUCCCUGACCACAUCUGUCGACACAACUGGUCGUGGUCAGCUGACCUGUUCCGUCUCGAGCGUCCCAGCGGCAGGUCUGACCAUCAGAUUCACGUGGUAUGUCAAUGGUGUCAGCUUCCAAAGCGCAGUGGUCACGUCCCCUACCACGAGUGUUUCAAUCCUAGCAAGUCUCGCUCAACAAAGUCUCUUGAACAAAACAGUAAGUUGUUAGUGAAGUAUAUUAUGAUGCGUGUUAUCUUGGCAGUAUUAUCCUUAAUAAUCCCAGUUCUGAAUUGGGAAGUAUCCUUGUGGACUUAUCUUCUUGCCAUACCACUGACCUGCGUUGUUCGUGUAUGCUGAUUGCUGAUUUCGUUUACGCUGAACCUGUUUAUUAUAUUGCUAUUUAUUAAGAACAAGCUGGAGUAAAAACAUUUACCCGGGAGUAAGAUUUUCGGAGAGCGUUAUCAAUUAUUUUUCACGUUAUAGAAUUGCAUUAGAAAUAAUUAACUGGUCAGCAAGCUUGUGCAAGACAACCAGUUUAUGCAAGACGUUUUUAGUGGAGCUUGCAGGUGGUCACUUUUGAUUUGCAUUAUUUAUUUGUUAUAUCUUAAAAUUUAAAUAUGUUUAUAAUUAUUUUCUGUUUGCAGGUUACUUGUUCAGCUGAAGUCGGAUAUCAAAACACAUUUGUCACCUGGUGCUCUAAGACUGACAGCAACGUUAUCAGACCACACAUUACGGUAAUUUAACGCAAGUUCAUUAAAAUUGUCUUUAUAUAGAAAAACGAAAAUGGAGAGAGCCAAAAUAAUGUAUAAUUUAACAACCCUUAAAAAUGACGUUUUUCGUUAUAAUACUUUAUAUGCAUUUUUAUUUACUUGUAUGUCAUUGUGCGUGGUAUAUCAUACAUUAUGAGGCGUUUAUGUAAUUUCAUAAAUAUCAUUCAUCUUUAACUUGGGGGGGAAAAACUGGAAAAACUGAGGUGUGGGUGAACAUUAGAUAGAAUUUGUUGUCAUCGCCAAUGAGUAUAUGUACCGAGUUUCAAUUCCAAAGCAUGACGGCAAGUGGGUCAAAUAGCCGUUCGAAUAUUUUGUCCCAAACGUACGAAGGCCAGCGAAGUGAAUAUUAAGGAUAUAAAAAAUGAUGGGUUGAGGACAAAACUGUUGAGUGUUCUCGAAUGUGGAGUUACGUUAUGUCCAAAAAACCAUAACACCAUUUCAAGUUUGUGUUGUUUUUUCGCCCAAUUCGUACUAUGACAAAUUUGUAAUGAUGUUAGCUUCUUCAAAUAUUUGAUUUUAAUUUUUUUUUAAAUUUCAAAUUUCUCGUAAUUUGUCCUUUCAUAAAUUUACGCCUCAUAUCUUUCUUUUCAACUUGUGAAGCAAUUUUAGUUAUAUUAUUAUGUUAUCGUUUAACAUAAAUGUUCCUGUAAUGAAUGUGAAGUAUUAAAUUGUUCCCUCGAGUUUUGUCAUUUCAAAUGUUCAGUCAAAGGGUUUAUGCCGUCAAAAGUUAAUGUUAUUAUGAUAAAAUGACUGUUCGGUGUGAUCCUCAGAAGCGCUAUUAAAAUUAGCUCCUCUUCUCAACUACUUAUGGUCAUUCUAUCACCAGUGUCCACCAAACACCCCAAUUCGUCUGGUGGAGGGUCAAGGACUUUACGUGUUACAUCUGAAUGUGUCCGUACCACCAGCUUUGUUGUGUAAACCAGGGGACAACAGCAACUGUCGCGUUGAGGUCAUCACGGAGAUACGCUCAACAAACAAUGAGCUCAGGUAGGUAAACAUUCACUUUACAAAACAGUGAGCUCAGGUAGAGGCAGUCACUUUACGAACAGUGAGCUCAGGAAGGCAAACGUUAAUUUUAGAACCAUUGAGCUCAGGUAGGCAAACACUGUCUGGUUCUAGAGUUAACAAAUUCAACGUACGUAUACUUAAAUAAUGACAAUUCCACGAAUGAGGAAAUUUACAAUGAAAUGAAGUCAAAAAGUUUAAAUAAUUAUUUAUAAACUGUGUUUAUCAUUGAUCUGAAUGACCGAAAGAACAUUUUCAUAAGAAUUUGAUUAGGCUCGACUCCACAGAUUGAAUAGAAUUCGAACGCCCAUUCUUGCCAUUAAAAAAAAUAUGUAUAUAAAUUUUGUUUCUCUAAAUGUAUGAAAGUGAUACUGAUUUUUUUGUUGAUUGAGACCAAAGCUCAGGAUAAAACAAUUUGAAUAUUUUUUUGGCUUUGAAUUAAUUCCGAUUAGGUUGUUGUUUUUCGUAUUUUUGUUGUUGUUGUUGCUUUUUUUCAAUUGAAGCUCUGACUCGGUUUGGUAACAGUCCAUUAAAUAAAUUAUUUAAGGUUUAAAUUUUAAACUAUCCCUUUAAAAAGCUAAAGGUAAUCUUUUCUGCGUUUCAUUUUUGUUAAAUAAUACGAAUAUUUGAGAUAUUCUAAACCAUUGAUGUGUGGGAAAUAUCUAGUCUAAAUUUUGCGGAUUGAGUCAAUCAUGGACGAGAUAACACUUGUCCAUAACUAUGAUACCAUGGGGACUUCACGGCUAACAUCUAUUCACGCAUGUUGAUGGGUUUGGGCAAACCCAAAGCAAUCAAACAUGGCCGAGAUGUUUAAUCCAAUUUAAAGCAUGCAUCGAAAGAAGUGUGUUUCAAUGAACUACGCAUGGCCUGAACCUUUACAAUGUCUCUUCUUCGCCGAAUAUUUUUCGCUCCUGACCCCGGUCCCCAUCUUUUUAUGAUACCGCUCUCAACAUGUUCCUUAAUUAUGUGUUAUGAUAAUGGCAUCUUUGUUCAGGUGUUCCAACACGGAGUACAUCCCUCAGACCGUUAUAGGUGCCGGCAUCGUGGGUGACGGCAGUGACCAGCGUUGUGGAGUGGUCAUCACCAACAGCAACUGGCUACUCGGCGUCACCAUCCCAAUCAAAGCCACUAUUGAUGGGAUCAAUGACGGGGACAGGACAAGAGUCAUUGACAUCACAGUUAGGAUAGUAGGCCAGGUCAGCAGAUGAUUGUUGGUGUGUCACUCGUCACUUGUAUUUUCGUUUUAUAGGUUGAAAUGAUUUUUGGGUACAAUGUCAACGUGUGGUGUUUGGUGUUCAAAUGGAAUGACACGGAUUUGGUCUGAUAAUGGAAUGACAAGGACUUGGUCUCCUAAUGGAAUGACAAGGACUUGGUCUCCAAAUGGAAUAACAAGAACUUGGUCUCCAAAUGGAAUAACAAGGACUUGGUCUCCUAAUGGAAUGACAAGGACUUGGUCUCCUAAUGGAAUGACAAGGACUUGGUCUCCAAAUGGAAUAACAAGAACUUGGUCUCAAAAUGGAAUAACAAGGACUUGGUUUCAAAAUAGAAUAAGAGGGACUUGGUCUCAAAAUGGAAUAACAAGGACUUGGUCUCCAAAUGGAAUAACAAAGACUUGACGUCCAAAUGGAACAACAAGGACUUGGUCUCUCAAUGGAAUAACAGGGACUUGGUCUCUCAAUGGAAUAACAGGGACUUGGUCUCUCAAUGGAAUAACAGGGACUUGGUCUCUCAAUGGAAUAACAGGGACUUGGUCUCUCAAUGGAAUAACAGGGACUUGGUCUCUCAAUGGAAUAACAGGGACUUGGUCUCUCAAUGGAAUAACAGGGACUUGGUCUCUCAAUGGAAUAACAGGGACUUGGUCUCUCAAUGGAAUAACAGGGACUUGGUCUCUCAAUGGAAUAACAGGGACUUGGUCUCUCAAUGGAAUAACAGGGACUUGGUCUCUCAAUGGAAUAACAGGGACUUGGUCUCUCAAUGGAAUAACAGGGACUUGGUCUCUCAAUGGAAUAACAGGGACUUGGUCUCUCAAUGGAAUAACAGGGACUUGGUCUCUCAAUGGAAUAACAGGGACUUGGUCUCUCAAUGGAAUAACAGGGACUUGGUCUCUCAAUGGAAUAACAGGGACUUGGUCUCUCAAUGGAAUAACAGGGACUUGGUCUCUCAAUGGAAUAACAGGGACUUGGUCUCUCAAUGGAAUAACAGGGACUUGGUCUCUCAAUGGAAUAACAGGGACUUGGUCUCUCAAUGGAAUAACAGGGACUUGGUCUCUCAAUGGAAUAACAGGGACUUGGUCUCUCAAUGGAAUAACAGGGACUUGGUCUCUCAAUGGAAUAACAGGGACUUGGUCUCUCAAUGGAAUAACAGGGACUUGGUCUCUCAAUGGAAUAACAGGGACUUGGUCUCUCAAUGGAAUAACAGGGACUUGGUCUCUCAAUGGAAUAACAGGGACUUGGUCUCUCAAUGGAAUAACAGGGACUUGGUCUCCAAGUGGAAUACGCUUUUUCACUACAUCAACUUUUCCAAAAUGGUCACAUUUUUAAGUCAAAGACCUCUACCACAAAACCUCUGAAAGUCCAGACAUCAAAUAAUGCCACCACCUUCAGUGUCUUGAAAACAACAAACUUCAGAUGUGCUUUGGUGCGCCUGUCGUCAAUUGAUGUGCUCUGAUGCGCCUGUCAUCCAUUGAUGUGCUCUGAUGCGCCUGUCGUCAAUUGAUGUGCUUUGGUGCGCCUGUCGUCAAUUGAUGUGCUUUGGUGCGCCUGUCGUCAAUUGAUGUGCUUUGGUGCGCCUGUCGUCAAUUGAUGUGCUUUGGUGCGCCUGUCGUCAAUUGAUGUGCUUUGGUGCGCCUGUCGUCAAUUGAUGUGCUUUGGUGCGCCUGUCGUCAAUUGAUGUGCUUUGGUGCGCCUGUCGUCAAUUGAUGUGCUUUGGUGCGCCUGUCGUCCAUUGAAGUGCUUUGGUGCGCCUGUCGUCAAUUGAUGUGCUUUGGUGCGCCUGUCGUCAAUUGAUGUGCUUUGGUGCGCCUGUCGUCAAUUGAUGUGCUUUGAUGCGCCUGUCAUCAAUUUGAACAAAUUUAAUUUAAGUUUUAUGAAAGAUAGACCCAUAGAAAAAAUGCAUUUAAAUAGAUCAAUAAAAUGGAUAUCUCGUUAAAAUUCUUUUUAAAAUGUUAAUAAAUUUAAUGCUAAACUUUAUUAGAUUUCAGGCCAACUUUUAGCUAGACUUAUUGUAUUGAAGAGGAAAUAAACUAUUUACACAAUUUUUUAAAAUUAAAUCUCUAUUUAUAGAGGUGAAUACCCUUGAUUUUAAUAUGAUCGUGGUCUACCGCUUAAAUCUGUAAGUCAGCCAUUUUUUUUAUUCAAAAUACAAAUGUUUUUAUAACUGUUCCACAUAUUUGUAGGCGACCGGGGAAACAGAGACCGUCUUCUGUAACAGCAUUUCCGUGACAGCUGUCAACAACGACAGGCCGUGCACGUGCUCCUCUGUCAACGAUCCUCAUAUGACAACCUUUGACAAGCUGUAAGUGAGAUAAUGGAGUCGACCCGACCCCAAAAACUCUAGUACCUACCCUGGCAACUGCUGAUUCUUUCCGUUUAAUUUUUUUUUUUAAAUUAUUAUUAUCAUAUUUUUUUAUUUUGGAAAAAAAAGGGGAUGGGGGAGGUAUCUUUUUAGUUAGCUGGUUUGGUUUUUUUGUUGUUGUUGUUUUGUUUUUGUUUUUUUAGGGGGGGUACUAGGAAAAUGAUGCUUUGUGAGGGUGUGGGAAUGUGGGGGUGAAAGAAGAUCAAGAAAUUUUGGCUUAAUUUUGGCUGAGACAGAAAGAAAGAUUGUCGCGACUGUUUGGUGAUUGCAUUUGUUAUUUUCUUAUAUGAUUGAAAUAGCAAAGAUUGCUUUACAUGCAUCUAUUUCAAUUGCUAGGUCAUUACCUUAACAAGCUCUCAUACUUUUUUCAAAUGUUUUCCCCACAUCUAGUCGGUAUAACAAUAUGAUCGCCGGAGAAUUUGUCAUGUACAGACAUUCAACUUUGCCGUAUGAGGUAAUCAACUCAAUCUGUCCCCGCACUUAUCUUGUAUGUUACUGGGCGUCCUGGCUGCGAUGGGACUUGGUGGAAAAUGGUGUUAAAUCAAGCGGGUGUCUGGGAUUGAUAAUUAUUGUGAAGGAAUAGAACCCAUCUUCUUCAGCGUUGUUUUGUUAAUUUAUUUAAACUUUAGAAAAAAAUAUUGAUCGGAAACUUUUAACUUGUUUAUGUUUAUUUCUCUCAUCGCAUCCGUCACACAUGUUUAAUUUACGCUUGAAUUUAACAAUUAAUGUAAAAGCCAAAUUAAGCUUUGAUUUUUUUUUUCAAUUUAUUUUCUCAAUUAUUUCUUUUUUAAAACCAAACCAAUUUCUGACCACCACUGACCAGGUGCGCUCACUCUACCGCCACUGCUCGGCCUUGAACACCCGCGUGACGUGUAACUGUGGGGCGUCGGUUCGGGUUGGCGAUGACGUCAUCGUUUUCAAGUAAGUUGCUCUAAAACAGAACGUCUCGUGUACUGCAAGGCGCCUAAAGCAAAAAUAGGACACGGCUGGCGUUUUAUUAAUUUUAAUUCUGAGAGUGUCGGAAGAUUUGUUUGAGUUAAACAUGGAACCUUCUUACAGACUGAGGAAGGAUCUUAGCAGACAUGUUCUUCUUUUUCUCUCCUGUCUCUAUAGUUCAAGCUUCCACGUACAUGAUUCCUCUAAAAAAAAAAAAUGUUAAGUCUGUGAAGACUGUAUUCACCAAUGCCUUACAGACUUCAAAUUCAUUUUGUCUCCGUGACCCAUUUUCUUAUAACAUAACAUCAACACAAACACAUAAGUAAAAAAAAAAAUUCCUCUCAACGCAUAGUUCUUUUUAUACUAAAUGUGUUUUUUUUUUAUUUUUUAAAUCUCAAUUUAAAAACCAAAAAAAAAAAUUGUAUUCCAUUUCCUAGCACCUGUGACGCACGUCAGAAUCUGCCACCUUUUAAUCACGUGGGUAGCAGCGUCAUUAACGUUGAGAUCUACAAGAACGGAGAGUUUACACCUGGGACCAGGAUCAAACGCAUUGGGUCCGGACAGAAAUACGAGGUCAGUUCAAAUAAAUCACGAAUGAAACAUAGUACAGAGAAGAGGAUUCGAGAACGGUCCGGUGGUCAUUUCUGUCAGUACAUCGGUCGUGGACUUUUUGUUCGUUCUGUAAUCCUGAAAAAAUUAUUUAUUUCAUGCCCUCCAUCUGUGUGAGAGGUUGGUGCUGCGCCCGUCUAUGCUCCGUUUCUAGAGCGGCUAAUGAGGCCGAUCCCGGAGUGUCAGUCCCAGCUUCAGUUUUCGUAGGAGAACCCUGACUGCUGGCCUUCUUUGACAUUCCCUAUAGCUCGUGUUCUCACAAGGGCUUCAUUGAGCAUCCUCGCGCAUGUUGGAUUUCCAUAUUCAGCCAGCCAGAACGGUGAUCAGCUAUCCGUUCCCAUUCAUCAAUUCUAUGUUAGCUUCCCCCCUGUUUCUUUGACAGAAGUCUUAAUGGCGCAGUAGCAGCCGUCCACUGUGCCUUUCCAAAGCUGGUCCCUGAAUACACGAGAUCCUUCUGAAUACGGACUUUCUCCAUUCUCUUUACAUUAUUAAUGAAUCCCAGUUGUAUUUAUAUGACGCUCUCUAUUAGACUCCCCCCUCCUCUUACCACCAAUUUUUUGUCGGUCGUUGUAAACUUUGAAAUUGCCAUAAACAGUGUCACUAACAUUUGGAAUUUUUAGUAAAAGUAUUAUUUAAUAAACCGUAUCUUUUCUUCUCAGGUUUACUUGCCUACCGGAACCAAAGUGACCGUUUCAGCAGCGAAAAAACCUUUUAUGGACAUUCACGUGACUGGUUCAGCUACAGAUUUGUCAAGAUCAGAAGGUGAUUGAGGAGAACGAGGCGACUUAGAAAGUUUGUGUGUGGGGGGGGGAGGGGGGAGGGAGGGAGGUUGAUUCUAUUGAUUUAUUGAACGAGGAAACACAACAUUUAUGUCUUACAAACGAGGUUGCGACAUUUUGGUUAUGAUAUUUGGUUAAGACAUUUGGCUACGGCAUUUGCUUAGGACAUUAGAUUAUGACAUUUGGUUAUAACAUUUGGUUAAGACAUUUGGUUAAGACAUUUGAGUACGACAUUUGGUUAAGACUUUGGUUAAGACAUUUGGUUAGGACAUUUCGUUCAGACAUUUGAGUACACAUUUGGUUAAGACAUUUGGUUAAGACAUUUGGAUAAAACAUUUGGUUAAGACAUUUAGUUCAGACAUUUCGUUCAGACAUUUCGUUCGGACAUUAGUACGACAUUUGGUUAACACAUUUGGUUAAAACAUUUUGUUAGUUAAGAUAUUGGGUGAAGAAAUUUGGUUAAGACAUUUGGGUACGACAUUUGGUAGGAUAUUUGGUUUGGACAUUUGGUUAAGACAUUUGGUUAAGGCAUUUCGUUCAGACAUUUCGUUCAGACAUUUCGUUAAGACUUUUGGGUAGGACAUUUGGUUCAGACUUUUGGUUACGACAUAUAAUUGCGACAUUUGGUUUUUGCUUAAUGAGAUUAUUUAAGAAAAAAUAAAGCAAGGUCGUUUAGUUAGUAAUAUUUUCAUUUGUUUUUCUGAAAUAGUUGGUGAAAUAAAUCUGGGGUGUAAAGGAGCGUCGGGCAUUAGAAUGUCAAAAUAGUUUAAGGCGUGUGAAAAACUUGUGCAGUUGUGAGUCUUAAGGGGGGAAUGACCACUAUUUGGGGUUCUCAUAAAGUGCGUUACUUGUCAAAUUGUCAGCCCCAAUCCCCAAUCCCCAAUGCACGAUGUUACAUUUUCUAAAGGAUUCAAGAGAAAAACUUUGUCAUUAGGGGUUAUUAAAUUUAUGCUUCCAUUUUCCAGGUCUCUGUGGUAACUUUGAUGGCAAUCCAAACAAUGACCUGCAAGGAGUCGUGGCUGAUACGUUCAGCAGAAGAUGGCUGUAAGUCUAUGUGUCUGUGUGCAUGUGUCUGUGUGCAUGUGUUUGUGUACACGUGUCUGUGUACAUGUGUCUGUGUACAUGUAGCUGUGUACAUUUGUUUUUGUACAUGUGUCUGUAUACAUGUGCCUGUGUACACGUGUCUGUGUAAAUGUGUCUGUGUACCCGUGUCUGUGUACAUGUGUUUGUGUACAUCUCUCAAGUGCCGGUGUGUUCGUCUGAAUUGUUUAUGGCUUUGUGACAUGUGUCUGUGGCCAGAUCAAACUGUAUUCUAAAUAAAGAUUUUAACGUCAUUUUCUUAUGUAAUGACUUAUAAAAUUAAAAUAAUUUUUCAACUACGACUCCACAGAGAGUUAUAUUGUCUUGUAAUUUAGUAGGAAGCAAUUUAAUCUUGAUGACUGUCUCACUGGUCAAUGCCGCAUCUUUCAACCAAGAGCCUGUGUAUUACAUCUACGUCGGCUCUCAAACCACUUAAGAGCACAAAUCAUAACUGUAUUUACUUAUAUGGCUAUUCCAGUCGCACCGCCACGAUUUUCAACGGAGUUCAAGCCAAUGCUUCCUACAGUGUGCCGCAGUACUGCAGCUGUAUAGCUGGCCAACAAGCCGUGUGUGAAGCUGGGCUUGAUGUCUUCAAAUGCAGUGCCGAAAGUCGCAAUCGUCAGUAGAGCUUAUCGAACCCAUUAUAAUUUAUUAUUAUUGUAAAAAUGAUUCGCUUAAAAGCACUUUCUGGGAUUUUAAUCUGUCAGUUUCUGAGUCUGGCUUUGUCUUAGAGUUUCUACGUCUCCCUUUGUCUGGGAGUUUCUGGUGCUGGUACAGUCUGACUGUGCAACUGUUAGUGAUAUCUUUAGCCUGAUCCACUUAUAUUUUAUUUAUUGAAACACUGUUAAUACUCAUUACAUAACAAAGUGUAAAUUCAUAUGAUAACGAAUAUGAAGGGCUGGGCGCGUUACCUGCCAUUAUGUGACCAUUUUAAGCUGUAAACAACAUGAGGAAAUACGAGUUUAUUUAAACUAAAAGGGAAUUUAAUUUAUUCCCCCCCCCACUCCCCAAGCAAUUAAAAUUAUUAUUAAUCCAUGUUUACAUUGUGUUGAUGCAUUCAUUGUUUCUACCUUAGCUGCCGAUGUGACUGCCUCCCUCGUUAGACUUGCUAAAACACCAAUGUUUGGCCAGCAGCAAGCUAGGUUUCGACGAGCAGUGGAAAGCGAACAGGUGAGUCCAACAAAUUAUUUGAACAGAGGACGCACCGAUUAGCAUUUUUUUUAAUUACUUUUCACGAAAUCAGUUUUAUUCCUACACAAGAAAAUAGUGAUUGCUUUGCAACACUUAUUUUUCUUUGUUUUGUAUUUAUGAUAUUCACAUGUCCAAUGAUUUCGUCCCUUACACAGGCGCCGCUUGUGGCCAGCGGUUCCAGGAGCUUUACGGAGUCUGAAGCGAGAGAGUUCUGUAACAUUGCCCUUCAGAACAGCAGUGCUACAAUGGCUUGUAUAGAGCACCUCAGCAAUGUUAGUGUCAGUGAGAGCAUCAAGAGCUGCACCGACGAUCUCAACGUGAGUAAUAGUCGAUGGAAUCAAACGUGAUAUCAAACUAUGGUAACAGUGCAAUAAGAUUUAGUUACUUUAUAUAAUUCCAUGGUAACACUUGCAUGUAUGAGACCAUGGUAACAGGGGUAUAAUUCCAUGGUGGCUUCAGUCAGCCUGUCUUGGUUGGUGACCGGUCACUCCUCACCACAUUGGCUUAAGAUUUAAGUCCAUAGUUUGUAAUGUUUUACUGGUCCACACACUGAAUUAGAAAAUUUACUUUCGAAGAUCAUUUUCAAGACCAACAAAUUCACUGACUCAAAAAUUAGUGACAGGACUUCACUCACAACACAGAAACGUUGUUCAUGUAACACAUCUCCAUUCACAGCACACAAACGUUGUUCAUGUCACACACCUUGACCUAUCAUUAUAUGUCACGUGUCGUCUCGUGCUUGUCCCUUGAUUUCAUUUAUAUGAGGAACUAAACACUUUGUUAAUUCCAUAUAUUUUUCUCUUGUUUCUUCAUUCUUCGUCAAAUCUGAACUCAGUUCUUGUGUGGUUAUCAAGACACUGUAUCUGCUUUAACUUAUGGUAUCUGCCACAAGUUCUCAUCUUUCAGUUAAGUUGAUAAUUUCCCGCGAUAGAAAACUUUGUUCAUUUUGAAAGAACUGUAUGUAAAUUUAAAACAAUAGUUUACUUUAAUUCUUUCUGUUGUUUUUUUUUCUUCUGUGACUUACGCUGAAGAUUUCUUGUCGCAUUUCAUCCCUUAUUAAUUCUUGACAUAUGAUGAAAGGAAUGUUGCCGUUGCUGUGAAAUUCAUUACUCUCAGCUAAUCCAGGUCACCCUCCCUGUCAACUCCGUUUUUUGUCAUUGUCUACAAGUAAGAUCUUAACGUGACCCAAAACUGUCAUUAAAUCCUAGAUUACCGGUGACCCUGAGUGGGCCCUGUCUCACCUGAGUGACAUCACCCAGGAAUGUUUGAGCACAGCCAGGCAAAACGCAAGUGCCUGGGAAUCUCCCGAAGCUCAAGGCGGCGAACCGGCAUUGUCUGCCGAGCUGCGAACUAACUUGUGCACUAAAGACUGUGGGGCUAACGGUGACUGUGUCAACGGUAAGUACUCGUCAUCUCUUGUUUGACCGCUGUGUUCUAGGUAUGACUUUUAUAUCAUUUUAAUUAGUAAACAUUAGACAUGAAUGUGUAAGAUAUUUUCAUCCACCCCGUGUCUCUGCGUUCAGCUGAUUGUGUAUGCAAGAACGGCUACACCGGAGAAGUCUGUACUGUGGAGCCCAACGCCCUACCGGUCAUUGCCACUGCAUACUUGGCCUGCGACAUCCUCAGCUCGUCGUGUUCCUCGGUUACAAUCGUGGGCCUCAACUUCCACGCUUCCCCGGAUUUAACCUGUCACUUUGAAUAUGUCACGGUAAGUUGUCAUGACUUGUCACUUUGAAUAUGUCACGGUAAGUUGUCAUGACUUAUCACUUUCAACAUGUCACGGUACGUUGUCAUAUCUUGUCCAGUUGAAUAUGUCACUUUACGUAGCAAUAACUUGUCAAUUUGAAUGUGUCACGGUACGUUGUCAUAUCUUGUCCACAUGAAUAUGUCACUUUACGUUGCAAUAACUUGUCACUUCUAAUGUGUAACGGUACGUUGUCAUAUCUUGUCCAGUUGAAUAUGUCACUUUACGUUGCAAUAACUUGUCACUUCUAAUGUGUCACGGUACGUUGUCAUAUCUUGUCCAGUUGAAUAUGUCACUUUACGUUGCUAUAACUUGUCACUUCUAAUGUGUCACGGUACGUUGUCAUAUCUUGUCCAGUUGAAUAUGUCACUUUACGUUGCUAUAACUUGUCACUUCUAAUGUGUCACGGUACGUUGUCAUAGCUUGUCCAGUUGAAUAUGUCACUUUACGUUGCAAUAACUUGUCACUUCUAAUGUGUCACGGUACGUUGUCAUAGCUUGUCCAGUUGAAUAUGUCACUUUACGUUGCAAUAACUUGUCACUUCUAAUGUGUCACGGUACGUUGUCAUAACUUUCAUGUUCAUUGAGGCAUGAACACGCUACGAUAAUUUUAUGUCAAUUAACAUCUCUCAAAUAGUUUUAUUAAAAAAAUGUAUCAUGCUUGAAUUAUUAGCGAUAGGUUUUUAAGUUAGGUUUUUAAGAUACGUUUUUAAGAUAUAGUUUUAAGAUACGUUUUCAAAAUAUGUUUUUUAAGAUACUUUUUUAGAUACCUUUUUAAGAUACUUUUUGUAAGAUAUAUUUUAAGAUACGUUUUUAAGACACAUUUUAAGAUACGUUUUUAAGAUACUUUUUUAAGAUAUAUUUUAAGAUACGUUUUUAGAUACCUUUUUAAGAUACGUUUUUAAGAUACCUUUUUAAGAUACGUUUUUAAGAUACUUUUUUAAGAUAUAUUUUAAGAUACGUUUUUAGAUACCUUUUUAAGAUACGUUUUUAGAUACCUUUUUAAGAUACGUUUUUAGAUACCUUUUUAAGAUACGUUUUUAAGAUACUUUUUUAAGAUAUAUUUUAAGAUACGUUUUUAGAUACCUUUUUAAGAUACGUUUUCAAGAUACUUUUUUAAGAUAGGUUUUUAAGACACGUUGUUAAGAUACUUUUUUAAGAAAUGUUUUUUAAGAUAUAUUUUUAAGAUACGUUUUCAAAAUAUAUUUUUUAAGGAACGUUUUUAAGACACUUUUUUAAGAUACGUUUUUAAGAUACUUUUUUAAGAUAUAUUUUAAGAUACGUUUUUAAGAUACCUUUUUAAGAUAAGUUUUUAGGAUAUGUUUUAAGAUAUAUUUUUAGAUACGUUUUUAAGAUACUUUUUUUAAGAUAUGCUUUUAAGAUACGUUUUUAAGAUACGUUUUUAAAUGUAUGUUUUUAAUAUAUGUUUUUUAAGAUACGUUUUUUGUGUAGUUCCUGGUUUAAGAUGCUGAUGAUUGUCUACUUUAAUAGCGCUUGUGUCCUUGCUAUUUUAGCAUGCUCACAGCGCCAUGGUGUCCUUGCUAUUUUAGCAUGCUCACAGCGCUCUGGUGUCCUAAAAUAUAUCACAAUAAAAAGUCGUUAAAUGAUUCUUAAAUGACUUUUUAUCAUUUUCAACAUCCCUCAAAGAUUCAUCUUUAAAAGUCAUAACAUGCAAAGAAGUCGAAUUUUAAAAAUAAGUUUUACUAUUAAUCAUAUUUAUCAACUAAUUCAAACUUAGUCUGUCAGUCAUUUUAAUACAUAGAGUCACAUUUAAAAAAACAACAACAACAAAAAAACAUGUAUUUUCCAGGUGGGUGCGACGGUGACAAAGACCGGAGUUAUGGUCAACGUACCAGCUGCUUACAUCAGUAUGUACCAGGUUGAAUGUACGCAGCCCAACGUCAGGGGACAAAGUGCCAUCAUCCGGGUCAGCAAUGACAAGACGACGCAGAGCAAUGAGAGUUAUCUCCACGUUAUCCACAAAUCAUCCUGUCAACAGUGUUACUUUGCCGACGGUGGAAAAAGUGCCUCUUGUACCUGGAUGGUGAGUCGUAGGGUUUUAAAUAACGUUACUCUCUGGGGUAAGGCAGAGCUGUGGAGUAGUGAAGUUAGCACAACCGAUAUUAAUGUGACGACUUCGGCUUCGACUUCGGCUCCUUUCUGCGCCACAAAGUUAAGCCUUAAAAAAAGCUGCAAAUUUACGCAACCCCCUGGGCAACCCAUGUUCUGCCAACAAAUCCUUGACACCAAAGUUCUGCCCCUAAAUCUCUGAGAUGAGUGACGAAGUUAGGAUGAGUGCCACUAGGGACUGUCCAAGCUUUUUGCCGCCACAAUUCUGCAGAAAAUUUGGCAGAAAAUGCAUCACCUCAAUAUGUAAAGAGAAAUAGUUCCUAACGGGACGGACCAACCCCCAACCCCCCCCCCACUACACCACCCUUCCUAUGUCCAGGCAUGCGCCACCCUUCCUACGUCCAUGCAUGCACCACCCUUCUUAUGUCCAGGCAUGCAUCACCCUUCUUAUAUCCAGGCAUGCACCACCCUUCCAAUGUCCAGGCAUGCACCACCCUUCCUAUGUCCAGCCAUGCACCACCCUUCCUAUGUCCAGCCAUGCACCACCCUUCCUAUCUCCAGACAUGCACCACCCUUCCUAUGUCCAGCCAUGCACCACCCUUCCUAUGUCCAGGCAUGCACCACCCUUCCUAUGUCCAGGCAUGCACCACCCUUCCUAUGUCCAGGCAUGCACCACCCUUCCUAUGUCCAGGCAUGCACCACCCUUCCUAUGUCCAGGCAUGCACCAACCUUCCUAUGUCCAGGCAUGCUACUCUUGCCUUCCAACAGACCUUACCACGAAAACUUUGUAACCAAAGCCAUUUCAUCCAUGCCUUGCCACAUGGACCCUGCCACAGUAGCCCUGCCACUGGCCUUGCCACACUGGCCCAGACACACUGCCUCUGAUACACUGACACACUGGCUGACACACUGGCUCUGAUAAACUGUCCCUGACACACUGGCCCUGAUACACUGCCUGUGAUACACUGCCUCAGAUACACUGACUCUGAUAAAUUGUCCCUGACACACUGGACCUAACACACUGGUCCUGACACACUGGCCCUGACACACUGGCCCUGACACACUGACUAUGACACUGAUCCUUGCUCACUGGCUGAAACACUGGCCCUGACACACUGGCUCUGAUAAACUGUCCCUGACACACUGGCCCUGACACACUGACCCUGCACACUGACCAUGACACACUGACCCUAACACAAAGACACACCGGCCCUGACACACUGGCCCUGACACACUGACUAUGCCCCUGAUCCUUGCUCACUGGCUGAAACACUGGCCCUGACACACUGGCUCUGAUAAACUGUCCCUGACACACUGGCCCUGACACACUGACCCUGCACACUGACCAUGACACACUGACCCUAACACAAUGACACACUGGCCCUAACACACUGGCCCUGACACACUGGCCCUGCACACUGACCCUGACACACUGACCCUGAUACAAUGACAAAAUGACCCUUUCACACUGACCCUGGCGCACUGGCCCUGACACACUGACCAUGACACUGAUCCUUGCUCACUGGCUGACACAUUGACCCUGACACACUGGGUCUGAUAAACUGUCUCUGACACACUGGCCCUGACACACUGGCCCUGACACACUGACCCUGCACACUGACCCUGACACACUGACCCUGACACAAUGACACACUGGCCCUAACACACUGACCCUGACACACUGGCCCUGACACACUGGCCCUGCACACUGACCCUGACACACUGACCCUGACAAAAUGACACACUGACCCUGGCACACUGACGCUGACAUGCUGACCCUGACACAAUGACACACUGCCCCUGUCACACUGACCCUGGCACACUGGUCCUGCCAUUGGAGCACUGUCAUAAUUUCUUUUCCAUAAAAAGUAACGUGUCUGGGUUACAAUCUUAAAAACCUGUUAGUAUGAUUGCUCUACAGGCCGACACUUGCGUGAUUGACAGCCAGUGCUAUGCACGACACGAGAUUUUCGCAGACGACAGUUGCUACAGAUGUGACCCAGAUAAAAGAACCGAUUCCUGGACCAGACUUUCAGGUAGCCAGCCCUAAACAUGCGUUGAGUUUCCUUUAAAAUACGUCUUUUAUUAAAUAUUUUUCCAUUUCAAUUAACACUCUGAGUUUAAACGAAGUAUGCUGCGCUUCAAUGUUGAGUGUGGCACCAAGAUCAUUCCUUUGGUGUCUGCAGGUGAAGGAUUUCAAUACCAUCAAAACUCUUUGUAAUAACGUGCAUAAUAUUGAUAAUAGGAUUGAUUUAAAAAAAACAUUGAUAUUCUUGCAUAUCUCAUCUACAGCAUCCUGCUUUAAUGUGGUGGGUUGGGACAAUUAAGGAAACGGUGCCAUGCCAUUUUUAUAUGAAACACAGAAAAACAAACAUCUGUAUAAUUUUUUUUUUUAUGAUUGAAUACCAAGAUGUGAGCUGUAGGGGCGCUAGGUACAGUGGUACGCCAUUCACCGGUACAAUAGACCCACGACUAAGUUAACAUCUUUAUUAUAGGUUUCAGUUUACAUUUUUUGUUUAAAUUUAAAAUAUACACAUGGAAGCCCCCUUUGAGUCACGUGACAAGCAAUUAACUGUGAUGCCAAGGUCUCUUAAUAAAGACAAGGUCUUAUUACGAAAACGGCAAAGUAAAGUUUUUAAACUUCAUAUUCAAACAUUCUGGACGUUGUUUGUAUCUAGAGCCCAGGUGUUUGGCCACAGCUCAGCCCAUCUCAGCCAGCGACACGUCCAGUGACUCCAACGACACGGUGGUCAUUGUGCUAGGCGUCAUCACAGGUGUGCUGUGUCUGGCAGUGCUGGUCAUCGCCAUCUUCCUUCUCAAACGGAGAUUUAAGAGGUAAGAAGAGAAAAGAAGAACAGAUCUGAGCCUGAAUACCUAUGUCAAGUUGACGAUAUCUUAUAUAUUUAAUCACCAAGAUCUAUGCCACAUUAACUAUAUAUAAUAAGAGUUUAACACACUCCCCCCCCCCCCGCAUUGUUAACCCACCCUAGUGACGCCGAUGUUUGUCUAUGUCUAUUUCGCGCACAUUAGCCCCAUGAUUUUUAUGUUUUCCUGAUUUGGCAUAAUUUACCCCAUGUUCGCCAGCCUCUGUCAGAAUAAAUUUUAAUAACCAAUAACCGGUUUAAAACUAGAUUCUGAAUACCGUUAAUUGAUCCNCCCCCACUAACCCAACAAGCUAAAAAUUAAAACCAAAAUGCACCUUCCUAGAUUUAUCACGGACUUUGGCUACCAUGUGAGAUUAUUGUCCCUGGGUCAGUUUUUGUGAGGGGGUAAUUCUAAUGGGUUAUUUCCUUUUCAUAAUAUUUGAAAUAGUCGCCCCCCCCCCACCCUUUCAAGCAAAGAGGUCUACCUUUUUACCUGAGUUCAACCGUCACGCUUGACGCUCGCUACGGGACAGAUAUAUAUUUUUUUUUUCUGACUAUGUCUUUUAAAUAUAAAGCAUGUUGAGUAGAAAAGGUUGUGAAAAGAAAGCAGGACACACCAGACGCUAAAUAUAUAAUAUAUAAGAGCUUACAUCACCAAGACGUGAUUAUUAUCGACCAGCAUUAAUAAUUUGGAUAUUUAAGAAACAAAGAACAUUAACAGUGACAAUCUACGGUAUUGUAAAUUUAAUAGGGGAUUGCUUCCCUUGGCACAGAGUACGUUUAGAACACGUAGUUUUCGUUGUUUUAUUUAUUUCGGUUGUUUGUUUUGUUUCAAUUUUCUCUGUUAUUUGUAAUAAAGAGAAACACUUUUUACAUUAAUGAAUGGAACGAUAAUCUAUUCCUUCUAUAAAUAACAAUAUCAUUUUUACUAUAAAAAAAACAUGGUCAUCCCCCCCCCCCAACCACAUAGGAUUCAUAGAAACAUUUUUGGAAGUGACAAAUAUGAUUUUAAUUGAAGACAUCGCACACAAAUUCAUUAUCGCUGCACAUGAUCAAAUUGAAAUGUUUGUGUUCUGUGAAGGUGUUAGACUUAGUACAUGGUCAAAUUGAAAGGUUUGUGUUCUGUGAAAUUGUAAGACUUAGUACAUGAUCAAAUUGAAAGUUAUGGGGCAUUGAUGAGGGUAGGGUAUGGGGGAUGGGUGAUGGUAAGAUAAGGGAGAUGGGUGAUGGUAAGGUAAGGGGAUGGGUGAUGGUAACGUAAGGGAGAUGGGUGAUGGUAAGGUAAGGGAGAUGGGUGAUGGUAAGGUAAGGGGAUGGGUGAUGGUAAGGUAAGGGAGAUGGGUGAUGGCAAGGUAAGGGAGAUGGGUGAUGGUAAGGUAAGGGAGAUGGGUGAUGGUAAGGUAAGGGAGAUGGGUGAUGGUAAGGUAAGGGAGAUGGGUGAUGGUAAGAUAUGAAGAGAUUGUUGAUGAUAAGAUGUUGAGUGAAAGUUGGCGUAUGGUUUUGAGAAUGGGUAAUGAUGAGGUACGGUGAUGAGGGAAGACCUAAACUACUCGAGUGCAAACUAUUGAAUUAUCCAAAAAAAAAUAAUUUCUAACAUCUUCACGGCAUUAUUUUUGUGGCGUGAUUAAAAUGUGUCAUGUUUAAUUUUUAUUAUUAUUGUUCGUGCUUCGCAUGUUAAGAUGACCAUGCCUUAAGUAGUAGCCUUGACUAGGGUCGUAGCGUUGACUUGGGUAGUAGCCUUGACUUGGGUAGUAGCCUUGACUUCGGUAGUAGCCUUGACUUGGGUAGUAGCUUUGACCUGGGUAGGAGCCUUGACUUGGGUAGCAGCCUUGACUUGGGUAGUAGCCUUGACUUGGGUAGCAGCCUUGACUUGGAUAGCAGCCUUGACUUGGGUAGUAGCUUUGACCUGGGUAGCAGCCUUGACUUGGGUAGUAGCCUUGACUUGGGUAGUAGCCUUGACUUGGGUAGUAGCUUUGACUUGGGUAGCAAUUUGACCUGGGUAGGAGCCUUGACUUGGGUAGCAGCCUUGACUUGGGUAGUAGCCUUGACUUGGGUAGCAGCCUUGACUUGGAUAGCAGCCUUGACUUGGGUAGUAGCUUUGACCUGGGUAGGAGCCUUGACUUGGGUAGUAGCCUUGACUUGGGUAGUAGCCUUGACUUGGGUAGCAGCCUUGACUUGGGUAGCAGCCUUGACUUGGGUAGUAGCUUUGACCAGGGUAGGAGCCUUGACUUGGUUAGCAGCCUUGCAUUGGGUAACAGCCUUGACUUGGGUAGCAGCCUUGACCUGUGUAGCAGCCUUGACUUGGGUAGCAGCUUUGAGUUGGGUAGCAGCCUUGACCUGGGUAGCAGCCUUGACUUGGGUAGUAGCUUUGACUUGGGUAGUAGCCUUGACUUGGGUAGUAGCGUUGACAUGACCUGUAUUUUCUUUAAAGUGAGGGAGAGAUGCACGUGACAUAUAAGAAACUUUUAUACACACGAAGCUGCUAAUGAACCUUGACCUCUUGUUGCGUUGACGUCAUUUUUGUUGUUCUUGUUAAUAACUCACCAGAAAACAGAGACAUCUGCAGAGAUUUGAUGAUGACCUGCAAGUUGAUCUCAGUAGGUCAAGGGCGGCCCAGACGUCAUCAGGCUUGGAUCUACACAGCAGAACAGAGGGGGAUAAACAAGAGGCCAUCUACAACCCUACCUUCAAUUAACCAAUGACUCAAAGCAACUAUGGCGGCCAGGGUGACGCGAAAUGCCUGCAUUAUUUUUAAAAAAAUUUAAUUCGUCUUUUUAAAGCAGAUGUGAUUCUUAUUUACUUAUAAUAAAGAAUGUUCUUUAAAUAUCUUUAACUAACUAUGCAAUAUAGAACCGAAAAAAAAAACAUAGACAUUUAACAUCGGCUCCUCUAUUUCGCUCAAGUAACUCCCUAUUUUUGUCUCUUAAUUAUCGCACGACUUAGCUUCCCAUGAUCACUUUCCUGUAGGUCUACUGAGAAAUAUGCACACACUAUUUGUCUACUUCCAAGACUCGGUCUGAUAAAUUUAAACAUUUGAUCACCUUACAUUGAAGCCCUUGUUAGAUACCUUGAGAUACCGGCGACAUUUUUGAAAGAAAACAACGAAUCUGAGUUAUACAUUUUUAAAAAUCUAAGGUUUAUCUCGUUAUCUAAUGUGUGCAGCCAAAUCAAUGAACCAUUGUUUCUGUAAACAUGAAGCUACCGUACAUUGUGAUACAGGUUUUAUCGCAGUUUCUGUUCUUCCUUUAUUAACCCAUCAAUACCCAACCCGGUGCCGGAAGACACAAUGUGAGAAGCCAUAAUUUUAUUAAACUAAAUGAAAAAAAAAAAAAAAGGGACCCCCCCCCCCCCCCCCCAAAACCUCCUCUUAAUGUUUCUGAUAAUCCAUUGUUGGAUGUGAUCGUUUAAAAUAAAUAAAUUUUAGUUCCCAGUCUCCUUCCCAUUAUAAUUCCCUGUCUCCUUCCCAGUCUCCUUCCCAGUCUCCUUCCCAGUCUCCUUCCCAGUCUUCUUCCCAGUCUCCUUCCCAGUCUCCUUCCCAGUCUUCUUCCCAGUCUCCUUCCCAGUCUCCUUCCAAGUCUCCUUCCCAUUCUCCUUCCCAGUCUCCUUCCCAUUCUCCUUCCCAGUCUCCUUCCCUGUUUCCUUCCGAGUUUCCUUCCCAGUCUCCUUCCCAUUAUAAUUCCCUGUCUCCUUCCCAGUCUCCUUCCCAGUCUUCUUCCCAGUCUCCUUCCCAUUAUAAUUCCCUGUCUCCUUCCCAGUCUCCUUCCCAGUCUUCUUCCCAGUCUCCUUCCCAGUCUCCUUCCCAGUCUCCUUCCCAUUCUAAUUCCCUGUCUUCUUCCCAGUCUCCUCCCCAUUCUAAUUCCCUGUCUUCUUCCCAGUCUUCUUCCCAUUCUAAUUCCCUGUCUCCUUCCCAGUCUCCUUCCCAUUCUAAUUCCCUGUCUCCUUCCCAGUCUCCUUCCCAUUCUAAUUCCCUGUCUCCUUCCAUGUAUGCUUCACAGUAUAUUGCCCUGUCGCCUUUGCCGUUUCCUUACCAAUCUUCUUCCAAUUACUUUUUUUUUACAAAAAAAAUUUAAAGUAGAGGCUGCAAUUAAUUAACUUUGCUGGUAUACCCAUAUUUUUCCCAUGGGGACCUUAUUGCAACCCACUGAAAACUUAUUUUAAGGAAAUUUUCAUAAAUACAUUUAUUGUUAAGUUUCUGUAUAUUUGUGAUAGCAUUUUAAAACGCAUUUUUUAAACAACUUUUUACAUACAUUCCCGAACGAGAAUAAAUAAUUAGUUUGUUUCAACAUUAUAUGUGUGUGAUUAUUUUUAAUAUCAGUUAAAUGUAAAAAGAUACUUUUUUUUUCUAUCUGUUUUUUUUUCUUAUUUAUUUUGUUACAAGUUUACACGUCAUAAUCUUCAAACAUGUAAUAUUUCUCAAAAUUAAAUUAAACAUAUAAAAAAAA